AUGAGAAAUGAUAAUGUAAUUUCUACAAAAACAGAACCAAUUUUUAAUAACUAUGAUCUUUUUAAAGGUAUUAUAAAUUUCUUAAAUAGGCCCCUUUUAGUAUUCACCUUUCACAAUAGGUCAUCCAGACUAGCCUGAUGAUGAUCAUUCAGUUCGAGAUCCAACUGUGAAAACCAUAGAAAAAUCAAAAUUCACUCUAUCUCCUAUGCAUACUAAUUAAGAGGUGCUAUUUUUCAAGGUAUUUAAGAUUUCUAAUGAUAAAUUGUCUUGUAACAUUGAAGAAAGUAGCUUCUAAUUAUUUUCAAGUCCUACUCAUAAUAAUUUAAAAAGGUUGUAAACUUAAACUAAACCAAUAAAAUUGAAACAAAAAUUCAUAGAUGUAUUAAGUAAAACAAUUAAAAAAAAUUACAAAAUUAUGAAGUUCAUGUACUUAUUUGAUUUAGAUUAAUUGGGUUUAUAAAGAUAAUGUAAAUUUAUAUAUAAAAAUAUAAAGAUGUUCUACUACCAAACUCUGUAAUCCUGAAAAUUUGGAAUAUAUUUUAUUAUCUCUUACUUUUUGUAUAUUUGCUUAUAAUUCCUAUCAGCGAGAAAUCUCAUUAAGUGGCAUUUCUAAUAUUGAAAAUAGUAGAUUGUAGUUUAAAAGCUUGUAGCGCUGUGGCUAUUAAUGGAGAAAUUGAGAGUAAUAUAAAUAUAAUUUUGAAAAAGUAUUACAAAAAAUAUUUGAUCUUUGAUAUAGUAAGUAUUUAAAUAACAUAUAGAUAUUUUUAAUUAGUUUGAUUUUAAUAAUAAGAGUAGAGAAAAUUGAUUGGAUUAUUCUCUUAAUAAAUAUUUUAAGUAUUUUACCAAGAUUUAUAGAUUUGCAUAAUAAUAUUUAAUUGUAUUUAUUAAUAUUUUUAGUUAGUGAAUUUGAUAUUUUUAAAGUAUAUUAAUAAGUAAUAUUGUUAAUUAUAUAACAAUGUAUAUUAAUUCACAUUAUAACAUGUUUUUGGAUUUAUAAUAUAGAAAAUGAUAAUGAAGAUAAUUUUUCAUAAAGAUAUUUGAAAACAAUAUAACUAAUUGUAAGUAUUAUUACCUUUAAUUCAAAUUAAACUAAUUUAAAUGAUAAUAAUUAAAUAAUAGCAUAUUGUUGUAUAUCUAUUUUAUCAUUUUAUUACUUUGCAUAUUAAUUUUCUAUUUUAAUUGAACUUUUUAAACCAGAACAAAGAUCUUCUCAAUUAAGUCAUUUUUUUACUUAAAAUAAAUUAGAUACAAUAUUAAAAUAAAAAAUAAGAAGUCAUUUAGAAAAUCAAUCAUAGUUUUCUCAUAAAGAAUUUACUGAUAAACUUUCAAAUAAAUUGCUUAAAGAAUAUAAUAUAGUUUAAAGAUAAAAGUUAUUAAGUUAACAUUUCAAAUAUUUAAAUAAUGUUACAUUAAAGUAAAUUAUUGAUAAUUGCAUUGAGAUAGUCUAUUAACCUAAUGAAAAUAUAUUUUAAGAAGGAAAAACUGAUGAUUGUUCUUUAUAUGUUAUAUUAGAAGGAUCUGUACAUUUGAAAUCAAAAACAAAUAUCAUAUUAUUAACUUUAAAAUAAUUUGCUACAUUUGGAGAAUUAUCUUUUUAUACAGAGAAUCCAAGAGAUUUAACAGCAAUAACAGAUGGAAUUACAAGAUUAAUAAAAAUUUAGAGAUCAAUAUUUUUAUCUCUAUUAAAUUUCAAUGAAAAAGUAACUUAGAAGAAUUUAAUCUUAGCAAUUCUUUUAUGAACAACGUGAUUUGAUACUUUUUAAUGAGAAAUUACCAUCAGAAUGUAUUUGUUGUAAUUCCCAAUAACAUAUAAUAACUGGUUGUCCUUAUUUAACUUAUUAACCUGAUUUAAGUUUCAUAUUAAAAAAAUAUAUUUAUCCUCAUAAAUAAAAUAGAAAAGAAUGUAUAAUAUUAUAUUAAAAUAUUUUUAAGAUAAAAGAAAAAAGAGUAAGGAUGCCAGAGCUUAUAGUUUUUAUAAAUAAGCUUUAGAUUUUGAAACAGCAUUUUAAAAUUUGGUUGAAGAUUAUUUAUAGAAUUUUUAAUAAAGUUAAACAUAAAUUUAAAUUGAAGAAAAUCAUAUUAAAGAUUCAUGUGUUAGUAGUUUUAGUAAAAUAAGUAAAGAAAGAUCAUUUAUAAAAUCUACAUCAUUUUUAAAAUAAUAAUCUGGUUUUGAUUAAUAAUCUGUAUUUAAUAAUGAUAAUCUAAUGUAAUAUAUAUAAUUAAUAUAUAAAUUUAGAUUAAAUGGAGAUUAAAAUAAUGAAUUUUAAUUUAUACAUAGCAGUUAAGAAUAUGAUUUGUCAUCAAAAUUUAGAACAGAUUAAUAAAAAAGAACUUUUAAUACAGCAGGUUUUGGAUCUUAAGGAGGAGUUGCUUCUAAUAAAGAGAUGACUUAAAAUUUGACUGAAAAAUCAUUAAAUAUUAUUAUGGAGAAUGAUGAUUCAGAUUCACAUCAUGAUUAAGAAUAAAGAUAAUAGUAAGUUUAAAAUGAUAUAAAUGAAGAAAAUAUUAUAGAAGAUAAAUUCAUAAGAAAAAAUAAUGAUCCAAAAUUAACAUUUAAUAAUAAUUUUGAAUCUUAAAUGCAUGAUUAAAAUUAAAAUAGACUUUAACGUUUAGGUUCUGGAUCAUAUAGAUAAUAAAGUUCAAUGAAUAGUACAUAUCUACAUCCUGAAGUUGUUAGUUAAAGAUUAAAUUCAUCAAGAUCUCUAACUAAUAAUUAAUAUAAACCAAAUCUCAAUUAAUCAUAAUAUAUAAAAAAAUCUAGUUUUUCAAUUCCUUAAAAAUUAAUUUAAUAAUCUCGUUAAUUAGAUAAUUUUAAUUAAGAUGAAAAUAAGAAUUCAAAUUUAAUGAAUCCAUUUAGAAAAUCUAUGACAAGAAUGGGAUCCAAAGUUUCUAAUAUUGCUUCUAGUUUUUCACCAUUCAGUGCUUAAGAAGUAUAAUAUAUUUUAAAUAGAUACCUGUUUAUGCAAAUAAAUCUUUUGGUUUAGAUGAUUUUGAUGUUAUGUAUGCUUUUGAAAAUUAUUUCACUCAUAAUAAUUAUGAAAUAACAAUUUUUUAGUAAAUAUUAUUAAUUAAUAUAUUUAAGGGCAAAUAAAAUUAAAAAUGUUGCAAAAAUACGAUUUUCUAAAUAUUUAACAGAUUAUAAAUUAGUAAAGAUGGUUGAUAAAUUAAAAUAAUAAAGAAUAACAAAAUGA